CGCCCCCGGGGCUGCGCGGAGCGGGGCCGGCCCCGCCGCCCGUGCCUGCCUGGAAGCCUGGAAGUGAAACGCGCCCCGGCUGCUCCUUUUUCUUUUUUCUUCUUCUUCUUUUUUUUUUUUUUUUUUUUUUUUUUUUUUUUUUCCUUUUUCCUUUUUGAGCUUCCAAAAGGCUCACUCGCCCCUUUCAUCUGCCGCCGCGGCCCAAUGGGAAGGCGGAGGCUGCCUGCAAGUGGUCUAAUCUCAAUGAGGUGUCAAUCAUGUUCCCCGGUGGGUGAAGUAAGGUCUUUUGUAACCGCCUCUGUCUUUGGGAAAGAGAGGAGAGAGGAGGAAGGCUGGAGCGGAGAGGGGGACGCCGGACCGUGCUGCAGGAGAGGAGCUGAGAUUUGAGCUCGCUUGCGUGUUAGCAGGGAGAAGCGGAGCACAUGGAUUUCUAAACACGCUGGGAUUUUAUAUAUCGACAAAAAAUAACAACAAGCGAACCUGACCCUACUGAAAACAGUCAAAUGAAUCGUAAUUGCAGAUCAAUGCAGAGAGAUGGGGAAACUUCAUUCGAAACAUGCUGCCGUUUGUAAACCCAGAGAAAGUCCAGAAGGUGAUAGUUUUGCGGUGAACGCCUCUCUGGCUCGCAGAGGGCUGGAGGACUGGAUGGUGAAGCAGAAAUACUCCGGGGGCAGCAGCAGCGGCGGCAGCAGCUCGGGACUCCAGCACGGCUGCCAGCACCGCGCCGUGUGCAGGCUCUCCAGCGCCAGGGAUUUAUCUGGGGAAGGCUACAGAGACACUAUUGGUGAUGAACACUUUCAUCUAGAAGUGGCUUUGCCUCCAGAGAAGACAGAUGGAGUUUGCAGUGGAGAUGAAAAGAAAGCAGAAAAAGAAAGUGACACACGCACAAGUUCCAAGAAGCAACUGAAAUUUGAAGAAUUGCAAUGUGAUGUGUCUGUAGAGGAAGAUAACAGGCAAGAAUGGACCUUCACACUGUAUGACUUUGAUAACAACGGAAGAGUCACACGUGAGGACAUUACCAGCUUGCUUCAUACCAUCUAUGAGGUAGUUGAUGCAUCAGUAAACCAUUCUCCUAGUUCCAGCAAAACUCUGAGAGUGAAACUUACUGUGGCACCAGACAGCAGCCAGAAGAAAAAGAGUAUCUUGUUAAAUCAUGCUGAUUUGCAGAGUGCCAGGCACAGAGCUGAAAACAAAGCUAAUGAAGAAGCAAGAAGCUCUGAGAAGAAGCAGAGGGCUUCCCUCAGAUACCACCAGAGUGAGAACAAUCCAGAGCAAAGUGGGUGCUAUCGCCAUUGUGUUGAUGAGAACAUUGAAAGGAGAAACCACUAUUUGGAUCUUGCAGGAAUAGAAAACUACACAUCAAAGUUUGGGCCAGGAUCUCCUCCAGCAGCUCAAAAACAUGACCCACCAGGCAGAAUUGUGAAUCAAACUAGAUCUCGUUCUCAUGAGCCUGAGACCUUCCAUGCUCACCAUAGGAAAUCUCAAGUGGUGGAUCCAAACCACAUCAAUCUGGCUGAAAGCUCAUAUGCCAAGAUUGCAGAAAUCCAGCAGAGGCUCCGGAAUCAGGACUCCAACAAGCACUUUGUGAGGUCUCCCAAAGCCCAGGGCAAAAAUGUUGCCCCCGUGCAUCCUGGAAGAGCAGUUAGAAAUAAACCUUUUCAAGGGGUGCCCUUGCCCAUGGCUUCCCCAAGUGCACGGGUGGGCCAGAACCUCCCGUACCUUCCCUUGCAAUCCCAACAGAUCCACAAGAAACAUAAGCAGAGGGCAAAGGAGAAUCACCAAAUGUGCAAAACCUUCCAGUCUCCAGGGACAGUUGUGGAAAAGGAACACGUGAGAGACCUGCCCACAGUCAUUUUAUAUGAAGGCCAAGUGGGACAGAUGAUACAAAGACAUGAGCACCACCACCACCACGAGCACCACCACCACUACCACCACUUCUACCAGACAUAGAAGAGAUCCCACCAACAUCCUCCAAGAAUCAUCCCAAAUGAAGGAAAUGCGUUCUUGUGAUACCAGAACUAAGGCAUUACUAUGAUUAAUAUUAUCAUUACUCCAUUAAUAUUCAGCUAGCAUAUAUUUUAGAGGUUAUAUGGAACUCUUGAAACUCACCCUAUUUAUAUGUUGUGGAACCGCAUAGCUUACUCAAACACCUUGUGGAUUUUUUUUUUUUUUUAAAGUGGCUUGUAAAACAGCAAACAGCCAUUGCUUUUUGAGCUGUGAUUUAAUACAGGUCGUCAACGCACUUCUGUACAAGUACUACUUCCACUGUACUGGGAAAGAUACUUCAAACACUCUUGCAGACAUCUAGCUUUCCACUCUGCUGUACGUCGGCUGAUCGCACACAAGCCUUUCAUCAGGGGAGCAAUGUUCGAAGGGUUGGACUCCAGAGAUACUCAGAUAAUGGAAAAUACAAACAGCUGCUACCUCUAGUAUUAUUCAGAUUUUAUUUUCUUUUUAUUGAUUGUAAUGUGCUACAGGGGGGAAUUUUAAUAUACUGUGUUCGUGUAGCCUGUUUGUGUUCACAUCCUUUCAAAUCAUCUUAAUUACGAGGAAAUAUUAGCUAAACUUGUCAAGAGGGCUACAUUUGUAUGACUUACACUUUAUUUUCUUGGAGAUUCUUCAUUGACACAAGUACAGUCUGUUGUAUACUGGGUAAUAUUUAAAUAUACUUCUUUUAUUUUUGGUUUUUCUCUUGCUUAUUCUCCACUCUGUUUGGGGUACUAUUUGAAAAGAGAAGGAUGUGAAAUGGGGUUUUCCAAAGCAGCACUAGACUUUAGUGCUUGGGCCAUAAGUAUCAUUCAUGGGGCUUUGAGAAGGAGAGGGGUGGAUUGGGGGGGUUUGUUUUGUUUAAAUCCACAGUUCUUUGUUUUGAGAAAGAAUUGAGGAAAAUAUACUUUCUCACUUUAAAUGUUGGCAAAUAUAUAUAAAAUAUAAAUAUAAAUAUAUAUAUAUAAAUAUGCACACUCUCAGGUACAUUUUGUUGUGUUUUAGAAAUCUGUGGUUUGAAUAUUAACAUUAUAUUUGUUUUUUCCACAACAGUGACUUUUUAGAAACAUAUGCCAUGGCAUUUUCUUGGUGCCUCCAGUUUGAAUUUCUCAAGCACCUAUCAAUUUGUGCUUCUCCCAUUUUAGAGACGUGUAUAAAAGUAUCAUUCACAAUCUUCCUGGGUUCUUCUACUUUUUCCAUAUCAAAGGGCUUCCAUUCCAUGAAGGAGAAUCAGACCACACUUACAAGACCUUAAUGGUUGCUGAGAAAUUUGAAGGUCAAAAGAAAAUUGGAAAAGUGGAAAAAAAUUUUAAAAAAAGGGUCAGCGCAUUGACGUUUUGCUUUCUGUGGAGCCCAAAUUUAAAAUAGAUUCAGUUGGGUUUUGUACAGAUCACCAUUUUGCAGGUAGAAAGUGACUGGAAAACACCUACAUUUCUUUUGGAACAUUAAAAUAGAGAACUCCUACAUAAAGACAUAAUUGUUCUAUAAAUGUAUUUGCUUUUGGUUUUAAUUAUUUUUAAUGUUGUGGUAUUUUGUCAAUAGUAUAUAUUGUGAAAUGUAACUAUCCGACAUUGUUAUAAGCCCUUUAUGAUUGGAGUAUUUUUUGUUUUCUGACUAGAGUUUUGAUCAGUCCAAAAUGGGGUCUUACCUUACUGCUGACCAGGUUUAGGGGGUUGUUGUCCUUUCUAAGAACACAGAGGCAUCACCUUGUAAAGAACAGUGGGAAGCCUUGCCUUCUCAUGGAAUUGGAAUAGAAUCACUGCUUCAUGGUAAUUAGGUCCGUCUCUUGUCUCCCUGGAUCAGCAGAUGUUUAGACUUAUUGUCCCCUUGAAAAAAAUCUGGUUUAUUUUAUUUUACUUUUUUUAGCUGUCAACAGCGUGUUCUGUAAAAUCUAACAAAAUGUUUUAAAAAUGUGUUUGAUCUGUGUGACAACUAUACUGUUCUGUUUAUUUUAAAAUUCCUAAAGUCCAAAAAUAUUUAUAUGCAGAAUUUUCUGUGUUGAGAAUAUGAAAAGGCCACGAAUUUGGUUAGUUACCACUGAGUUGUUCUAGUCUAAGCCUUUUUUGCUGCUUGUGUAUCAUUCUUUUUCAAUGUAUAUAUAAGUAUGGACUGCAAAAAGAAAAAAAAAAAGGCAUUUAUAUGUCUAGUAGAAGGAAUAAGCUUAUUUAUAUUAUAGUGUUUAAAAAGUCUGAUGUAUUCAAGUGACUUACAUUAUACCGCAUGCAAACACACACAGUGUACAUUCCAUCUAAGAAGGGAUGCCAUGCUAUUUGUUGUGAAGAAGUAAUUAAAGCUGUUCUCUUUUCAGUAGAGCAUAUGCCACAAAGACUGAGAGGUGGAAAUUGUUCUUAGUCAACUUUUUAAAAUGCAGAUUAUUACUGAAAACCAGAAAACAUUCUGGAAAACUCGAGUGCUUUCAGAAUUGUGGGGUUUUCUACAAAAGGGCAGCAAAGGGGUAAAAAACUGCUCCUUCACCUAAAGAUACUUUGCUGGAAAAGAAAACAGCACCACUCCCAAAAUCCCAUCUGACUGAGAGAUGUGCAGUGCUGGCUGUGCCAGGUGGACUCUGACGUGGAACACGACUGACCAUUUGUUACUGCCUGGCAUUGGUUUGGUUUGGUUUAUUAUAUUUGGACAUUCAAAAGACAAAUUCUGCCUUGCUCAGAGUCUGUGAAACACAAAUGCAUUUUAAUAACAUGGCAUCCCCUUAUGAAAACCUUACACCAGCCAUGUAUGAAUAUACAGUAUCUAAAUACUGUGUUGCAAUUGUGUUAUGUGCAUUAUAAGUGUGAAUAACAUGUAGCACAGUUUCUUUUCACAAAACCUUAAAUUUCUGUACCUUUUAAAUAUGUUUGCUUUUCAGUAUUUUGUAUAGUAAAUAUAGAUGGUUUUGACUAAAUGCUUUAUUUAUUUAACAGCAAAAACUGUGCCAAGAGAACCCCCUGUUAAUUAAAGUUUUACUAGUUCAGAAAGUAUAUUUCUUUCUUCUUGUUGUGGAUUUCAGGGGCCUGUUGCAAUUGCUGUCAGUGCUUGCAGAUCCCACUGAUGAAAGAGCUUGCAUUAACAUUUUUGGGAACAGGAUCAGGAAAUUAUGUAUGGGCUGGGUAUGCUUUGGUCUAACAUUUAAAAUAUCAAGUUUCAAAGUUAAAUUUCUUGUCCCCUGCUGUUGGACCUGUGUUGAGUAACUGAUAUUUCAUCUCGCUAUUAAUUCUGAAAACUUUUCCUUAAAAAAAAAUAAAAAUAUUGGUUUAGGUUGUUCAAAACCAUAGUUGAAUCAAAAUUUGAAAGAGUUUAGUUUCUGAUUGAUCAAAACAUUUACUUCCAAAGAAAAACAUACCAGAGUUGAGUAUAUUGUUAAUAUUGAAAAGCAAAAUGGAGUGGCAUUAAGUAAUUUCAGAUGAAAACUCCAGACUUUUCACUUCCUUCUUCUGUUUUUACAUAAGGCAGUUCAGCAAAAUGAAGUCAAUCCUGAAGUUUGCACUAUUUGCUGAAAAAAUUAAAUUGAAAAAUUUUGCUCCUCUCUACCAGCUGCAGUUUUGGGGAGGGCAGUGUUUGGAAAAGAAGGGUUGCCAAGAUCUUCUCACAACUUCAUGACCACAAUACAAAUUCACCUAAGCUAAAGCUGUGAACUAAAAUCUCUGUCCCAGUGAAAUCUCUGGCAAGGCUGCCAGGUUCCCACUGGCUGCAGGGUGCCUAUAAUUUCAUUCCAGGAAGGUGGGUUUGAAAUCUACAUAAUGUGCAGCCAGUAACUCCAGUAUUUAUUUGUUCUGCAUCUUACUGCUGGUGGGUUUGCUAAUCGUAAAUGAAGUUUUGCUGUAAGAGAUCAAGCUGGUAAAUUAAUUAAGAUUAGCAGCAAAUACUCUUUACGCUGGUGUCAUUGGAGGCCCUCAAGGCACUUCCAAAAGUCUUUGAAACAGCCACAUAUCAUUUAUAGUCAUUGGUAGAAAUGGGGACCCAGUUCUGCCCUUGGAUGAUGAGGUACAGAUUCUCCUGGCAUAUUGGCAGACCAGCCCCAAAUAUAUCACCAAAUACAUGACCUCUCUUAAUGGUCUUUCUACUCUGGUUAUCGUGAGCAUAGAACAGCAGUGUUUAGCUGGAGAAGUGCUUUAAAGGUAGGUGUGUGUGUGUG